AGCCAUUGAAAAGAGCUCUUUAAAAUCUUUUACAACCCACACUUUGAAACCCAAUUUUGAUCAUUUAAAUGGUCUUGUCCUCGUAGCUUCGAAUGCUUUUUAAUAGACUGGCUUUCAAAAGGGAAACAUUUUUCGCCAUUGUGCGCCUAAGAGCCUAAUUUUUAUAUAAAUCAAGAACUGAGUUUAAUUGAAGUUGUUUUUGGGUGAUCAUCACAAGGAAAGUUAAAAAUGUUUAAUGCCUCGAACGACAGCGACAAUAUCUACAGCCGUUUUGGCGGGAAAAGCGGAUAUGUGAUGUACUACAUGACUAUGUUGGUCAUCCUGAUCGCUGGGAUUUCUGGGAAUGGGAUAACGAUUGUCAUUUGUCGACGUCCUGAACACCGGAAGAAGGAAAUUACACCUCUGCUCAUAAACCUCGCGGUCGCUGAUCUUAUCAUUGUGACUUUUGGGUACAGCCUCACUUUCACGUCCAACAUUCGGGGCGCUUAUCUCGUGGAGGGAGACCCGCUGUGCUAUUGGAGCGCUAUCGUGAAUGGAACAGUUGGUAUUGGCUCAAUCGGUACCAUGGUAGUUGUGAACAUUCUCAUCUACAAAAGCACUCGGAGGAACAUCAUGUUUAAGCUUUCUCCACGCACCAUGGCAGUGGCGUUCGUUGGUAUAUGGACCUACUCAGCAUGCGUAGUGUUCCCACCCCUGUUCGGGUGGAAUAGAAUCGUACCAGGAACAACACACACAAGCUGUGAGCCUGACUGGUCAAACCAGACUUCCCUUGGUCUAUCCUAUAACAUCUACAUGAUGGUCUUUGGCUUCUUUCUACCACUGAUAUGUAUCUCCUUCACAUUCUACCGGAUACGCAAAUGCCUAGCGGCCCCAACCGUCUUACAAAACACCUUUAAGAAACGCGCGCACGUGGAGCUAGUGCGUAUGAUGACUGGAGUAGUGACCGCUUUCACCCUGAGCUGGUCACCGUACGCCAUAGUCUGCCUGAAAUCUAUGGUGGUGGGAAAGCAGAAGCUAGCUCCCUUCACGUCCGAAGUGACCGCCCUUAUGGCCAAGGCCUCCGCCGUCUAUAACCCAAUAGUCUACGUAGUUUUGAGUAAAAGAUUCAGGAGCUCACUUGUUAGUCUUGUAGUAUCCGUAGCUGAGGGUUUGCUCGGUAAAAACAGGAUUAGGCCUUUGAGAAUACAAGUAGCGCCAUCCGCUAGCAGUAAUAAGACUUGACAAAGUCAAAAGGCACAACAUUGAGGCACUACAUUGAAGAUAUUUUGAAUUUUUCACUCGACAAGACUCUACGAGAGGAGGUGAGAGAGUAGAAACUCCAAUGUCGGACAUAUGAACAUAGAACUACGACACGUGUUGUUGUCGUUAUAUCGCUAGUUGGCGAACAAGCGGGCACGUGUUAUGUCGUUAUAUCGCUAGUUGGCGAACAAGCGGGCACGUGUUAUGUCGUUAUAUCGCUAAUUGGCGAACAAGCGGGCACGUGUUAUCCCGUUAUAUCGCUAGUUGGCGAACAAGCGGGCACAUGCUAUGUCGUUAUAUCGCUAGUUGACGAACAAGCAGGUACGUGUUGUGUCGUUAUAUCGCUAUUUGGCGAACAAGCGGGCACGUGUUAUGUCGUUAUAUCGCUAGUUGACGAACAAGCAGGUACGUGUUGUGUCGUUAUAUCGCUAUUUGGCGAACAAGCGGGCACGUGUUAUGUCGUUAUAUCGCUAGUUGACGAACAAGC